GGAGACGCUGCCCUUCCGCGGCCAUGGCGCGCGGCGGGGGGAACAAGGUGGCGAGCGGGGCCGGGCGCCCGCGGGUCGCGAAUUGCUGGAUGAAGGCUGACUCCAGGACACUGAGCUCAAUGUCAGAUGAAAGCUGGAUUUCCGUGUGAGUGGCUCGCGCAGCAUCCAUCCACAAGUGCCCUUCCCCUUCGUGACUCCUGAGGUGCUGAGGUCAUCCUUUAGCCAUGGCAUUUAGAAGAACUGAGGGAAUGUCCAUCAUCCAGGCCUUGGCAAUGACUGUGGCAGAGAUCCCCGUGUUUGUGUACACAACGUUUGGACAGUCUGUCUUCUCUCAGCUGCGGCUCUCUCCAGGCCUACGUAAGGUACUGUUUGCUACAGCUCUUGGGACAGUUGCGUUGGCUCUUGCAGCUCAUCAGCUGAAGCGACGUCGUCGCCGAAAGAAGCAGAUUGCUCCAGAGAAGUGUGGCUUUAAGCCUGGAGGCGUCACAGUGCCCAUUCUGCCAACCAGAAGGGUCUCUUCUGUGAAGAAAGGAUACUCCAGCAAGAGAGUCCAGAGUCCCAGCAGCAAAAGCAACGACACGCUCAGCGGGAUCUCCUCCAUCGAGCCCAGCAAACAUUCCAGUUCCUCCCACAGCCUUGCCUCGAUGGUAGCUGUGAAUUCUUCGAGUCCAACACCAGCAUCGGCUGGGAUGUGGGAGGCCCAGGCCAUGGGGGAUGGUGGAGCCAUCGGUGAUUCCAGUGCAGAAAGCCUCUAUGUUCAAGGUAUGGAGUUGUUUGAGGAGGCCCUGCAGAAGUGGGAACAGGCACUGACCAUCAGGCAGCGGGACAGUGCUAGUUCCAGCACUCCUGUGCCCUGGGACAGCAAGAAACACCAAGAGAACUUGUCUGAGAAUGCCUUAGAGCAAGCUUUGCUUGUGCCCAGCACCUUAAUCCAAGGACACUUCUGCCAUUAUCCAGUUCUGGAUACACCUCUGUAUUCAACACAGGAGGAGUCUCAGAAAAGGGAGUUUGCUGAGAAGUUGGAGUCCCUCUUGCACCGAGCCUACCACCUCCAGGAGGAGUUUGGGUCUUCACUUCCAUCAGACAGCAUGCUGCUGGAUCUGGAGAAGACUUUAAUGCUUCCGCUGACGGACGGGUCCUUACGGCUUCGGACAGAUGAUGAAGACAGCUCAAUUUCUGAGGACUCCUUCUUUUCUGCAGCAGAGCUCUUUGAUUCUCUUCACUUUGAGGAAAUACCAUUCCAUCUAUCAAAGCCAGUAGCAGCAUAUGAAGAAGCCCUGCAGCUAGUGAAAGAAGGGAAGGUUGCAUGCCGGACAUUGAGGACAGAGCUCCUUGGCUGCUAUAGUGACCAGGAUUUCCUUGCAAAGCUGCACUGUGUCAGGCAGGCCUUCAAGGAGCUGCUGGAGGAUGAAAGCAAUCAACUGUUUUUUGGAGAGGUUGGGAAGCAAAUGGUGAUAGGAUUGAUGACAAAAGCUGAAAAGAAUCCCAAAGCUUUUCUGGAAAGCUACGAGGAGAUGCUGCAUUAUGCACUGAAGCCAGAAACCUGGCCGACCACACAGCAGGAGCUAGAGGGAAGAGGGGUGGUGUGCAUGAGUUUCUUUGAUAUUGUGCUGGAUUUUAUCCUCAUGGAUGCUUUUGAGGAUUUGGAGAAUCCACCUUCCUCUGUGCUGGCUGUGCUGCGCAACCGUUGGCUGUCCGACAGCUUCAAGGAGACGGCCCUAGCAACUGCCUGCUGGUCUGUUCUGAAAGCAAAAAGGAGGCUUCUAAUGGUACCAGAUGGCUUUAUCUCUCACUUCUACUCCGUAUCGGAGCAUGUCAGUCCUGUUCUAGCCUUUGGUUUUCUGGGGCCCAAGCAGCAGCUCGCUGAAGUCUGCAGUUUCUUCAAGCACCAGAUAGUACAAUAUCUGAAGGACAUGUUUGAUCUGGACAAUGUGAGAUACACAACAGUGCAGCUGCUGGCAGAAGACAUCUUGCAGCUGUCACGGAGGCGCAGUGAGAUCCUCUUGGGAUAUCUGGGCACAGAGAGCUCCCCUGAGAUGAAUGGCACACUUCCCAUUGAAAACGAGCCGCUGAAGGAGCUCAUCUGAUGGCAAUCAGAGGAGGAAAACAGUUUUGUACAAGGACUUCUUUCCUCACAGAAUUGGAUUAAACUACCUGCAAUGGUCAGUGGUGGCCACAAGACUAUCUCAACACACAGCGGCCUGGUGGGACCUUCUGCUUUUUGUAGCCAGUACUGUUUGCUGGAUGGAUCCAGGACCACUUGCCAGCUUAUGGUUUGAAUUUUGUCUUUGUUCCACCCUUCCGUACCUUUUGUUAUUUUUAAUGUGUUAGAUAAAUCAUGAGCUGAAUGGGCUGAGACUUUUGCCAGUUCUCUUGAAUAGGGCAACCCAUGUACCUAUUUGGCCUAUGCGUUAUCUGGCAGAAGGCUCCUCAGAUGUUUAUGGCUGUGUUGGAGGAGCAGGAACGUCACUGAUAAAUUUUCCACUUGACCCUUGGCUUCUCAAACAGGUUUAUGUUGCUUUGGGAUUUUUAUUACUGUGAUUUUUCUGCUGUGUUUCUACAGAUAUUACUGCUGAUUUGACUUGACAUAUUUUAACACAUGCAACAUGACUAGCAAUUUUUAUCUUUUUUUCCCCAGGGAGGAAGUCGUAGUUCUGUAAAGCACUGAAGUAAAACACAGACUUUUGUAACCGAUCUGUAACUCUGAGGAAGCUGGUCUGCUCCCUCCACAUUGCUGUUCUUUGCAGGCCAGAUGACUUGCUGUGCUGUGGUCAUCUUUCCUUAGGAGAUUGCUGAGGGCUGUUUGCCCUAAAGGCAAGUUAUUGUGUGGAGGGGGUGGAUUUGCAUCCUGCCUGUGGACACACAAAGUCUUUAACAUCCAUCAAAGUGCCUUGCUGUAUUUCAGAAUUAGCCAGCAGCAGUUCUUGCUAAGUAAGAGGAAUGCAGAGUGAAGUACACAAGCACAGGGAACUGGUAUAGAUAGCAUGGUGCCUGUUCCUAUUACACACAAGGCCAGAAGACAGAUGGAUGUUGGAUGUAUAUACAGGAGAGAUUGUGCAGGUACUUGAACUGGGAUCAAGCUGCUAGAGAGGAAACUUUUUUUUUUUUUUUUUUUUAAUACUUUGUUUAU